AUGGCAGAGCCCUCUCCAGCGUCGGCAAUGCAGCCUAACAGUGACAAGGAGGGCAUCAAUCUCCGCCCCCAGCCAGAUCACUGUGGGACCUGGGGCCUGGCAAUAAUGCCACCCACCCAAAAUGGAAGCGUUUGGCAUUGUGAGCUGCUUGGAAAGGCGAGCAGAAUGAGAGCCGAUGUAUUCCUAGCCGCCAUCUUGUAUCUUCUGUCCAGCAACAGGCCAUGUCAUGGGACUGCACCUUCAGAGGAGGAGGAGGAGGAGGAAUAUGGAGAGGUUGUCGGUCCUGCUUGGCCCCCCCUGAAACUGGGCAUGUCCAUCUGUGCCUUCAAAGCGGAUGGCGGGCCCUGCAAAGCAUUGCAUGUCCGGUAUCACUUUGACAUCCAAACCCGCCAGUGUGAAAUCUUUAACUAUGGGGGAUGCGAAGGCAAUGAAAACAACUUUCUGACUCUAGAGGAAUGCCAGUUAAAGUGCAUAGUACCAGAUGUGCCUGAGAAGAAAAAGAGAUCAAAAUCUCAGACAGGAAAGCCUCCUUACUGCCUUCUGGAGAAUGACCCCGGUAUCUGCCGAGGAUUAAUUACCCGGUAUUUCUUCAACAAGGAAUCGUUGAAGUGUGAGAAGUUCCAGUAUGGUGGUUGCCUAGGAAACCAAAACAACUUUUAUACUUUGAAAGAAUGCCAAGAUACCUGUGAGGACAACCUUCUUUCUGCCAAUUCAUUGCAAAUAACCGAAAUUCUGGUUAGCACAACGUAUAAUACUACUCCAGUUGUAAAGCAAGAAUCUGCCCUGCUCCCUUCCCUCUGUGUGAUGCGCAGGGACAGAGGCCUUUGCAAAGCCAACGAGAAAAGGUUCUUCUACAAUCUCACUACCGGCAAAUGUCGCCCGUUCAGUUACAGUGGCUGCGGCGGGAACGAGAACAACUUUACCUCUAGAAAGUCGUGCCUGCAGAUGUGUAAGAAAGGUUUCCAAGGCAGAAUGAAAAUUCGCCGGAAGAGAAAGAAACAAGUGAAGCUGAUAGAUGGGGAAAUUGUCAUUGAGAGGAUAUAGCUUCCCUUCUACCAUCUUUGCCUAUCAUUUGCAUUCCCUGCCUUAUUCACACAUGUUAUUUAUCGAGAUUUUAUGCUGUUGCUUUUGUGUUUCUUCUUUCUCCUGUACAUUUUGUAGACGGCACAAACUGAAGUUUUCGCUGUUAAAAGUAACGCUGUGAGCCUGUCCUAUGCUGGUUGCGUAGAAAUCAGUGGGACUCCCCCCCCCCCCAAGCCAAGAUUUAAGUGUUGUCCGGUUCCCAUGGUUAUAAGGCUCUGAUCCUGAAUUUUUGUAUCCUCGGUAUUCCCAAUUUUCGUCUUUUGAUAACCCAUGUUAAUCUGCAGCCAUGACUAAUCUACCACAAUAAUCGCUGCGAAGGCUACAAGUUCUAUUAUAUGGGCUUUGAUAAAGAAGUGGCUUUAAAAUUACAGGUGUACAAAAUAAACCUAUGCCUGACUGCUCAGAAGUAAGUCCUACUGAGUUCAGGGGAGCUUGCUUGGAAGUACAGAGGUACCUCGGUUUAUGAAUUUAAUUUGUUCUGGAAGUCCCUUCUUAAAUCAAAGCGUUAAAUCGAGGUGCGCUUUCCCUAAUGAGGUCUCCUGCCGCCAGUGCCCUUCCACCAUUUGGCUUCCGAGACAAAGUUCGCUAACCGAAACACCUACUUCCGGUUUUGCGUAGUUUGUUCACCAAAUAGUUCGUUAACAGGGCCAUUUGUAGACCGAGGUACCACUGUAAGUAUAUAUUGGACUGUAGCCUUGCUUCUUAUUCUUUCCACUAUAGUGGUGACAAUUUGUGGUCAACAGAUCCAAAGACUAGAAUUCACAUCAUCCCUGGCCAUUGGCCAUUGGCCGUGUGACCUGGGGCUGAUUUCCUGUCACUAUUUUAGAAAAGACAACAGACAGGGGGAUUGGUGUUGGUCAUGGAGUAUAACAUUAUACCUCAAGUGCUUUUUAUAAAAUAAUGGCAUUGCUAUUGUCCAGUUUCACUUUUCUAUAUACUUUUGAUAACUGUUUGAUUCUGGAGCAUUUGAAUGAUAUUUAGCAAAGGGAACUGGUGUCAAGGUAACGUGAUAGCUUUAUUAGACACUCAAGAAUCUCAGCUUUCUCACAAUUCGUGAAUCCUUUCAACAGCCGACUGCAAAACCAGCAAAAACUUGGAAACAAGGAGGUGUGCUGGAAGAAACAAUCACGAGACGCUCUCCACCUCAUAAAACUCGAUAUGCCCCCCUUUCUUUUCGUUCUUUUUUUGCUUGUAAAUACUUGGUUCCAUUUCUGUUUAUUAUGAAACUGAGUUAUUAAAAAAAAUCAUCAUAACAAAGUUCUGCUUUUGGUAUAAUGCCCCAUGGAGAUGCUUUGGAAAUUGCUUCUAGUGUAAAACAUGGAACCAGAACUUUGAGCAGAGCAGCAAGUUGGGAUUGAGUCUCACUGACACUUUGGAAGCUAUCCUGACUGCCUGUUUGCCACGAGGCCCAAUUCAAGGUGUUGGUUCUGACAGCCAGCUGAGGCAUUAUGACCUGUAGGGGAGGUUCUUCGCACGAUCCUGCCAAAAGUUUUGGCCUAUAUGCAAUGACCUGGCAGAGAGCUAUUUCUCUGUAAUGGUCCCCCAAUAAGGUAAAAGGUAAAGGACCCCUGGACGGUUAAGUCCAGUCAAAGGCGACUAUGGGGUUGCAGCGCUCAUCUCGCUUUCAGGCCAAGGGAGCUGGCGUUUGUCCACAGACAGCUUUCCAGGUCAUGUGGCCAGCAUGACUAAACCACUUCUGGC